AUGAAAGGAAGCACUGAUUAUUCUGAGAUAGAUGAAGAAUGGAUAUUCCAAGAUUACAGAAAUUGUUACGAACCAAUCCCGAAGAAAGAAUAUGACUUUUUAUACUUUGUUGACAAGCAAGAAGAUGGAAUUAAAUUCAGCGGCGAUCGUUAUCAUCCUGUCAUUGCAUUCCGUGGAGUCUUUCAAGACAGAGUUUUCUUUUUCUAUGGAAAAGGUCUUUUUGUAGUAUCAAAAGAAGGAGAGAUUUCCCCAGCAUCUGUAAGAGUAUCUCCAUACUGUUACAUCCCAUUAUAUAUUCCGACACAAUUUAGAAGUCCGAAUGGUCUUUUAGAAAAGAUUAUUGUUCACAAGAUGAAAAAAUAUCUUUCAAAAAAAAGUUAUUAUCAGAAAGAUCCAGUUAAUUACCUAUUUUGGUGGGAUGAUGGUGCAGGAGGCUUUGGAAUUGAAUCUGCUCAAUUUUAUCGCAAAUAUUAUAUUCCUAUGGGUGAUAUUCAACCACAUUACUAUGAUGACUAUUAUACAAGAAAAAUGAAGGAAAAACAUUCAGAUGAGCAGAUAAAGCCAAUGAUUAAUUUCACUCAAAAAAGCGAUUAUUUCAGUAAAUCAUAUAACUUUCGUGGUGCUUUGCAAAUAUCUAAUUUUGUUCAUUCAAAAGAAGAAAAAAGUUGGAAAGCAGCUAAGGAGUCGGAAAUAUCUUUAUUAAAAAAAGAGAAUCAAAAAUUGAAGAAAGAAAAUGAAUUACUCAAAACCCAAAUAGAGAGAUAUCAAACAUCUAAUAAUAAAGACAGAACUCCAGUUAAUUCUGAUAAAACAUCACCUCCUCGAAAAAGACGUGUUCGCCACAGAGUUGUUAAACACGAAUCGAACUGUACUCAACCUGUAAACGGAUCAUCAACAGAUAAUCAUCAAGAAAACACAGUAAAUAGCAAAAUUCCAAUUUCCAAGAACCGUCAUGAUACGUUCGCGAGAGAUGAUGCAGUCAAAAAAAUUCGUCGUCGAAAAAGAUCUAAUGUUCAAAAAGAAUAA